AUGACUCCUCCUUUAACUCCUUAUACGGCCGCUGCCGCAUCUCAAGACGACACGAUGGAUCGAACGGAAACUCCGAGAGCCGUUUUCCACAACUAUCUUCGCGCUUUCUAUCCUUUUCAUCCCACUGGGGACGUGUCCCCUUCCACCGUCACGCUACCUUUGGAUCAAGGCGAUAUCAUUUUGGUACAUUCGGUUCACACCAACGGGUGGGCAGACGGCACGUUAUUAGAUACUGGCGCUCGCGGCUGGCUACCGACGAACUACUGCGAAGCUUACGACCAACUGCCGAUGCGCCCGCUCUUGAAAGCAUUGACUGAUCUCUGGGAUAUAAUUCAAGGGGGAUGUGAUUUUCCUCUGCGAGACUUUUGCAAUCAGGAUAAUGUCAAGGGAUUGAUUGCGGGUGUGCGGUUCCUGCUGGAAAAAUCCGAAUGUCUCACCCGCGACUCGAUUCUAAUCAAGGGCCAGGAUGGGCUGCGCAGGAACCGUAAAGCGUUGCUCGCCGACCUAUCUUCCCUAGUGAGAACCACCAAGAAAUGUCAGGAAUUGUCCAACGGGAAUGCCUCCGAGGACGAGGUGUACAUGAUGGAUGAAAUGCUCCUCAGGGCAUUCCGAAUCGUGACUCGAGGAGUUCGAUUCCUUGAUGUCUGGAACGAGGAAGUGGGCUUGAGCCGUACGAUCGCCGAAUUGGAGCAGCAUUCGACUCAAUUCGACCUGCCGCCUACACCCGCAUCCGAGAUAUUCGAGACGGCUACCUCGGAAGCUGAGACCGAACGAAACGAGUCUAGACUCCUGAACAGGAGUCGAAUGGACAUGAGCCGUGCAUCGAACCGAACGGAUACGCUAGACUCACAGCAGCCUCGCCCCGUGUCUGUCACGACCAAGCGGAUCUCCGUCUCUCAUCGAGUGUCUUACUCCGGACCCGCUGCCACAUCCCGAAACCCGAAUCUAGCGUCCGAACGACUCAAUGCCACGUACGAUGCUUUUCUUGGAGUGCUCGGCUCUUUCAUUGGGCUGCACUUGCAGUCUCGACCCUCGGCGGAGCUGGUUGUGACGACGGAGCAGGCUGUGCGGUCUUGCCGCGGCCUUCUCACGGUCGUGGAAGCCGUGUGUGAACACAAUCCCCAGGACAGCGGACUUCUGGAACAAGCGCGGGACACCAUGUACGAAAGACUGUCAGAGCUCGUCUAUGCGGCACGGGAUGCCUUCCGACCCGCUCAUUCCCCGGAGGAUGAGCUAGUGUUUUUGCCCGAUGAGGGCAAGCGUCUGGUCGACGCUGCCACUGACUGUGUCAGAGGAGCCGGUAACUGUUUGGCCAAAGCUCGCCGAGUGCUUGAGCAGUGCGGUGAUUUCGAACUGGAGCCGAUCCCCACAAACGCUGCAACCACCCCAGACCCCAACUCCACCCCGCAACCGCAGCGCACUGGCAAUAUCGUCGAGGACGAGGCUUGCUCCCAGGAGCAGUCCCUGCGACUUCCUCCCCCUCCCUUGCAGAUUCCCAUCGGUAACCGCUCCUCCAUGUCCACUCCUGGUCUUACCGAUGAUACUACCCCGUCAUCUUUCAACUCCCGUGCAGGAAUCCCUAGCCCGGCUACUGCGAUUAACGACCUCUCCUCAAUGCCCUCCACCACUGUUCUCUCCAACAGCCUAGAUAAGAUUUCCUUCGCGUCCUCCAUGCAAGAGGCUGCCGAAAAUGCCCCGAAUCGUGAUAGCCACUCCAAAUCGGAAGUUGGCGAGUCCUUCGGUCGGGGAGUUACGAGCACUGGUAGCAGUUUCACGUACAACAGUCACCUGCGAGACUCAGAAAUGAGUGGAGUAUCUCAGACAUCCACUCGCGCUACGUCUCCGGAUAUCGGAAACCAUUACCAGGUGCCGUCUCUCAAGGGCAGCGUCAGCCACUCGACCCUCGCUGAGGAGAGCGAAGAGACGGAAGCCAAUCUCCUUGAGAAGACCUACGCCCAUGAGCUUAUCUUCAAGGAGGGUCAAAUAAUGGGCGGUAGCCUCCGGGCGCUCGUCGAGAAACUUACCGCGCACCAGUCGACGCCGGACGCCAUGUUUGUAUCGACAUUCUACCUUACAUUCCGUCUUUUCGCCACCCCACUUGAGUUCGCAGAGACUCUUGUCGAUCGGUUCAAUUAUAUCGGCGAUACCUCGCACGCCGCAGGCCCCGUCCGUCUACGUGUGUACAACGUGUUCAAGGGUUGGUUGGAGGCCCAUUGGCGCCAUGAUUGCGAUGACACAGCCUUGGAUUACAUUAUCAACUUUGCUAACACAACGCUUAUGCACAACCUGCCCUCUGCUGGAAAACGCUUGGUAGAGCUGACGGAUAAGGUUUCAAAGGUCCACGGACCCGUGGUGCCGCGUCUGAUGUCUUCAAUGGGCAAGACAAAUACAGCGACGGCACAUUACGUGCACCCGGAUACUCCCUUGCCGGCCCCCAUUCUGAACAAGAAGGAGACGAACCUUCUCAGGCAGUGGAAGAAUGGCGAGGCCAACAUCACCAUUCUGGACUUCGAUCCGAUGGAAUUGGCCCGUCAAUUCACCAUCAAAGAGUCGCGCAUCUUCUGCGCCAUUCUCCCGGAAGAAUUGCUGGCGACCGAAUGGAUGAAGAAGUCGGCCUCCCUGGCCGUUAAUGUUAGGGCGAUGUCCACUCUGUCAACGGACCUAGCGCACCUGGUGGCCGACUCGAUCCUCCAAUUGGAAGAGCCCAAAAAACGCGCGGUCAUUAUCAAGCACUGGGUCAAAAUUGCCAACAGGUGCUUGGAGUUGAACAACUAUGACUCCUUGAUGGCCAUCAUCUGCUCGCUCAACUCAUCCAUGAUCUCCCGACUCAAGCGCACAUGGGAAGUUGUGUCGCAGAAGACGAAGACGACGCUUGAGUUUCUCCGGGGUAUCGUGGAUGUGUCGCGCAACUACGCCGUUCUGCGGCAACGGCUCCAGGGCCAUGUCCCUCCGUGUCUACCAUUUGUCGGCACAUACCUGACUGAUCUCACGUUUGUCGACCACGGCAACCAGCCGCUACGCAGUCUCCCCACGGACGACGGAGAUAUGGCCGUUAUCAACUUCGAUAAGCAUAUGAAGACGGCCAAGAUCAUCAGCGAGCUACAGCGGUUCCAGAUCCCCUACCGCCUGACGGAAGUCCCCGAACUGCAGGCAUGGAUGCAGAAUGAGCUGAUCCGAGUGCGAUCAAACGGCGAGAAGAGCUUGCAGACGUUCUACCGCCGAUCGUUGGUACUGGAGCCGCGUGAAUCUCACGCAGCCCAGCGACCCAACUUGCAAACUGAGGCCAGCUCGUCAUCGAUCCUGGAAAACGCCAAGGACAAGUUUGAUUUCCUAUCUUGGACCCAUCCCUCCAAAGCCAAGUCGGUAGCGACAAAUGGUUAG